GGGAGCCGCCCUGUCGGGAAGGAGCCCAAGACGGAGUCGGCGGCACAAAAUGGCGGCGACGACGGCGACGGCCGGGGCCGGGGCUCCGGUGCCGGCGGCCCCCGCGGCAGCGACCGGCACGCCGGGCUCCGGGGGCACAGCCCCCGGGUCGCAGGGGGUGCUGAUCGGGGACCGGCUGUACUCCGGGGUGCUCAUCACUCUGGAGAACUGCCUCCUGCCGGACGACAAGCUCCGCUUCACGCCGUCCAUGUCGAGUGGCCUCGACACCGACACGGAGACCGAUCUCCGCGUGGUGGGCUGCGAGCUCAUCCAGGCGGCCGGCAUCCUGCUCCGCCUGCCGCAGGUGGCCAUGGCUACCGGGCAGGUGUUGUUCCAGCGGUUCUUCUACACCAAGUCCUUUGUGAAGCAUUCCAUGGAGCACGUGUCAAUGGCCUGUGUUCACCUGGCCUCCAAGAUAGAAGAGGCUCCAAGACGCAUACGGGACGUCAUCAACGUGUUUCAUCGCCUUCGACACCUGAGAGAGAAAAAAAAACCUGUGCCUCUACUGUUGGAUCAAGAUUAUGUUAACUUAAAGAAUCAAAUUAUAAAGGCGGAAAGGCGAGUUCUCAAAGAGUUGGGUUUCUGCGUCCAUGUGAAGCACCCUCACAAGAUAAUCGUUAUGUACCUUCAGGUGUUAGAGUGUGAGCGUAACCGACCCCUGGCCCAGACCUCAUGGAACUACAUGAAUGACAGCCUUCGCACAGACGUUUUUGUGAGGUUCCAGCCUGAGAGCAUCGCCUGUGCCUGUAUCUAUCUCGCUGCCAGGACGCUGGAGAUCCCUUUGCCCAGUCGUCCCCAUUGGUUUCUUUUGUUUGGAGCGACUGAAGAAGAAAUUCAAGAAAUCUGCUUAAAAAUUCUGCAGCUAUAUACUCGGAAAAAGGUUGACCUGACCCACCUGGAAGGUGAAGUGGAGAAGCGCAGGUACGCCCUCGACGAGGCAAAGGCACAAGCCAAGGGCCUGUUGCCCGGCGGCACCCAGGUGCUGGACAGCGCGUCGCGGUUCUCACCUGCCCCCAAGCCGGCGGAAUCCCCCAAGGAAGGCCAAGGAGACAAGCCUUCCCCACUCUCUGUGAAGAACGCCAGGAGGAAAGUGGAGGGUGUGAAGAGAGCGAAGGCCGACAGCCCGGUGAACGGCUUGCCGAGGGGGCGAGGGGCUCGAAGUCGGAGUGGGAGUCAUGAGCAGAGUUACUCCAGGUCCCCGUCACCAUCUGCUUCUCCUAAGAGAAGGAAAAGCGACAGUGGCUCUACGUCCGGCGGGUCCAAGUCACAGAGCCGCUCGCGGAGCCGGAGUGACUCCCCACCCAGACAGGCCCAUCGGGGCGCUCCCUACAAAGGCUCCAAGGUAAGGAGCUACCGGAGGUCCAAGGACUGCAAGUACUCCGCCCAGAAGCCACACAAGUCUCGGAGCCGGAGCUCCUCCCGCUCUCGGAGCCGCUCACGGGAACGGGCAGAUAAUUCUGGAAAAUACAAGAAGAAAAGUCAUUACUGUAGAGACCAGCGACGGGAGCGUUCUCGGUCCUACGAGCGAGCGGGCCAUCGCUACGAGCGGGACCACCCUGGGCACAGCAGGCACCGGAGGUGAGGGUGGGGUCCCUGAGGGUCUGCCCUUCGGCCUUCGGCACGCGCACCUCGGCCACCGGCCCUGGGGCGUGACUCUUUCUGGAAAUGGUUGUUGACUCGGGACCGUGUGAUGAAUUUGGAGAUGGAAUGGAGAGGCCAGCAAGCCGCCCUUUAGUGUGGCCCGGGCCCAGCUCAUCCCGCCCGCCUCAGCUGCAAUCCUGCUGGUUGCAAAGGCGGGGUGCGCACGUCCCGGCGGCGUGGCUUGGUGCUACGACAGGCUGUCUCUUCGAUUCCGUACCGAUACUCGAUUAUGUUAAACCAAGAAAAUGACUUUUCGAACCUUUGCCUAUAUUAGGUUGUACUUAUGUACGUAUUUUGCAAUGUUUCACUAUGAGAAAAUGGCCUUAACAGCCCCUCACUCUGUCCACGUUGUAAAUAAACAUAUGUUUAAUACAAGUUAAAGCUAUAUACGAAAACUCAGAACUUGAAUUCUGUCAGCUUAAAACUUGUGUAGAGAAUUCUGAUUUUUAAAAUGUGAAGGUAUUUAGAUCUGUGUUGAAAGUCGUAUAUAUUUUUAUCUGUGCAAUGCUGAGUGCAGGCCACCAGCUCCUAAAUAGAGAAGUUUCCUAUAUAUGCAUUUUAUGUGGUUAAAUAAACACAAUUCUCUACUCAGGA